UAAAUAGCUAAAUAAUAAGGCAAUCAUGCUGAAAUUCAAACGAAUUUCUGUAAUUGGACUUAAAACUCCUGUUGCUGUUCAGAUUAUGUUAACGGCUGAUAUUGUGGAAAAUCUGUUGAAAGAAAAAGAUCUAGAAAUAAGGGAAUUGCAGCGGUGUUUGCACGACGCGAAAUCUAAUUUAACAGUAAUAGUUCGUGAUACCGAUAUAAAUGUAAAUAAUUUGAAAGUGCAAUUAAGUGAGAAAUGCAAGAAAAUUGAAGAAAUAGAACAGCGGACUGCUAAACUCCAAAAAGAUUCUCGAGAGAAACAAGAAAUGUUAACAGUUGAAAUGAUGAAAAAGGAUGAAAUAGUAUCAUCACUACGAAAACAAGUAACUGUGUUGCAAAAACAGGUUCAUUGCGCGAACUUACAAACUCAAUGUAAAGAGGGUAUCGUUAAAGAAGUACGAAAAGAACUAAAACAAACUGUGGCCAAGUUACUAUAUUCUGGAUUUCUUCUUUGCUAUGAUAAAAUUACAAUUGAUAGUCAAGAAAUGGAAUCGUUUUGUAAAUUAUACGCCUGUUCAGAUCAUAAAAAUUGUAUUUCCUUUUUGCAAAGUUGCAUAAAGAAUGCGACAGAAGCAGAAAAUAUAGCUACGAUUGAAGAAAAAGUCAACAAUUUAAAAGCGAAAGCGAUAAACUAUCAUAAGAGUAGAAAAUAUUUGAACGACAUUGAUAAGAAGAUUUUAAAAUACGGCAAAAAAUUACCACCUUUUACUAAACAUGUAGAAUUUCAGGAUUGUAAAAAACCGGUUGUUUUAGAAACAAACUAAUAUCUACUAAAUUAACUCGUAUGUUAAUUAAAUAGCAAUGUCAUUGGAUCAAUAAC